AUGACCGAAGAAGUCCCAAUUACAUCUAGCAUACUUGAGUACAAUGGGAAUGUACCACCUGAAAAAACUCAGCUGCAGGUCAUUGAUAUUAUUGAUGAAAUAGCAAAAUCUGUUGGGACAGUUCCAUGUGAAAAUGCAGAAACCAGUCCUGAAGCUCCACUUAAAAAGGAAAAUCAAGAGGAUAACAAGAAUUUAGUAGAGGACAACACAAUAUGUGGUGCUCUCGAUGGGGAGAAGCAAUGCGAAGAAAAACAAGAGGAAAACAAUGCAACUCUAGAGGAGGGAUCAGCUGACAUCCCUUCCGAGAACACAAGAACUGAUGAAGAAAAAUCAAGAGAAGGGCCCUGUGAGGAGAUUAUACCUGUAAGCACCAAAGAAUGUGAAAUAACUAGACAGGAGGAAAGGAACACAGAGCAACCUCAGGAAGAAACAGCUACUCAUGCUAAUGAGGCCAAGGAGUUCCAAACAGCAGGAGCCCAGGAAGAAGCGCGGAUGCUUGAACCCAAGGAGCAAAUUAAAGCUGAUACACAAUUAGAAAGAGAGAAUGUGGAAGAGGAGGAGGAGGAGGAAGUGCAGCUGAUAGAAAGCAAGAAAGAAAAUGGUGGGGAGUCUCCUUUAAAGAAGCAAGAAAAUGACAGGGAGGAAUGCCCUCCUACCAGCCCCAGUUUUAACUUCCAGGCGGAGAAACCUGAGGAGCAGCCAGGCUCAGGGAAAAAAAAUGAUAUCUCCAGACAUAGUUAUUCUAGAUACAAUACAAUCUCCUAUCGCAAGAUCAGAAAAGGAAACACUAAACAAAGAAUUGAUGAAUUUGAGUCCAUGAUGCAUUUAUAA